CCGGUAGACAGGCCGUCUCAAUGCAUUACAGAGGACCGACAACACCGAGGCCGUCAUGGAUGCGUACGAUUUAUUUAGCAGCUGCAGAAAGGGCGACAUUUGUAGGGUCAGAUACCUUGUUGAGCAAAGAGAUGUGGACCUCAAUGUGAGAGAUAAAUGGGACAGCACCCCUCUGUAUUAUGCCUGUCUAUGUGGUCAUGAGGAGCUGGUCCAGUACCUGUUGGCUAGUGGUGCCAAGUGUGAAGCCAACACGUUUGACGGUGAAAGAUGUGUGUACGGCUCUCUGAACGACUCCAUCCGGCGCCUGCUCAAAGAUUAUAAGUGUGUCAGUGUCGUUGCCAUGCAGAAGAAUGACUUUGACUACUUCCUGCACUUGUUAUUGGAACAAGGUCAGCACAGUGACGUCAAGUUCUUGGUUCAUGGACAGACUUUUCUGGCCCACCGAUGUGUUCUCAGCGCACGCUCCGAGUACUUCACUGAAAUGUUUGAAACUAAAUGGAAAAGAAAGAGCCUCAUCACUCUUAAGCACCCCCUGAUCAAUCCUGCAGCUUUUGGAGCCAUUCUGCAAUAUUUCUAUACUGGUCGAAUGGAUAUAGACAUAAAUCUGGUGGAGGACAGCAUGCGACUCGCUAAGCAGUGCAAAAUGACAGCUCUUAUAGAAGAGCUGGAGAAUAAAUGUAAACAAGUUUAUGAAUUUGUGUCAAACAAGCCAGGAACCUGUGUAAAAGUUCUCAGCUUGGAGCCUCACACAUGUCAGCUCCAAGAAGAGAUGGCUCAGCUGGCAGACUGCGCCCUGCCUACUGAACUACGAGUUGGUUUUGGUGAGCUCCCCUUUAACAGAGUCGACCACUUUCCAACUUACCCUGACAUCUGCUUCAGAGUGGAGGGUUAUGACUUCUUGUGUCAUAAGGCCUUUUUCUGUGGACGCAGUGAUUAUUUUAAAGCCUUACUGGAGGACCACUUCAGUGAGGGAGAGCAGCUGCAGUCUCAGCCCAGCACCCCUGUCAUAACCUUACACAUCUCCCAUGAAAUCUUCAUCCAUGUGAUGUACUACAUCUACACUGAUGACACAGAGCUUGUGAUGGAGAACGUGUUCGACGUGCUAUGCGUGGCUGACAUGUACCUGCUGCCGGGGUUGAAGCGCCUCUGCGGGAAGACGCUCGCCAGCACCAUAUGUGAGGAAAACGUGCUGCACAUGUGGAAGACGGCCAAGCUUUUCCGUCUCUCCCGGCUGGAGGAUCAGUGCACGGAGUUCAUGGCCAAGAUCAUUGAGCGGCUGGUGGAGCAGGCCGAGUUCGCGGCGAUCAUAAAAGAAGACGCUGCAUCGCUGGAGGCUCGACAGGAGACGGACUCCGUCCCUCUGGUGGACGACAUCCGCUACCAUAUCGCCAGCAACGUGCAGACGUACAGCGAGAUCGAGGAGGCCAAUCAGAAACUGGAGGCGCUGGAGGAGCUGCUUUUGAGCAUUAAUAUAGACUGCUGAGGGGGUGGGCUGGUUUAGGCAGAUUUGGAGGGAAUAGCAAGCCUCUGUAGUGAGAUUUAAAAAAAGCAUACCUGUAUGUUUAUUGUUUAUCAUGCUUAUUUUAUGGACAGUGUAUUCAGAUUUGAUGUUACUUGUGUACCUGUAGCUGUUUGUGUUAAAGCUUCUUAAAGACGGACAUAUCACAUAUCAGAACAAGUGUUUUAGUGCUCUAAAAGUUUAAUGACGGGCAGUGAGAAUUGUAUCAUACAAAUGAAUAUCCUCGCAUUUCACGUACAUGAAUCUAGUUUAAUCUUUAGUUGUAGCUACUAGAAUUAAAAGGAUAGUUCAGAUUAUUGAGGUGAGGUUGCACUCUGUCUUUGAGGUGCAGUAGACGGCAGUCAGCACAACCUCACUUUGAAGAAUGGGAGACAUUUUUACGAGGGAGUCAAGCUUGUGGUUUGUGAGAUUUAAGAGGGAACUUUAUUUUACCAUCUAAAACAACACACGUUCAAUAACUUUUUACUUCUGAGGAGCCAUUAGUUUAACUCCUCCAUAGGAAUUUCUUUAAUUUUCAAAACUCAGAUUGCUCUGACUGCUGCAGGUAAGAUACUGACUACUCUGACAUUUUGC